AUGCGCCAAACACUCGCAUUACUGACGCGAUCGGUCUGGAAAGGCCCCAAUAUCCUCCCGUUCGAAAUCAACGGCAAGCUCACGCCGCGCGAGCAUCCCGUUAUCCGGACACAGAAACGCGCCGCGACCAUCACGCCGCAGCUGGUGGGCUACAAGUUUUCAGUCCACAAUGGCAAGAUCUACCAGGAGGUGUAUGUGACGGAGGAGAUGGUCGGUCGCAAGCUGGGCGAGUUCGUCCCCACGCGGAAACGUUUCAUGUACAAGCAGACCAAGAACAAGUGA